UGAACUUGUUUUACAUGCAAUUAUUAUCUCCUGUGACGUUAUGUUUGAUUCGCCUGAUGCCUUCAGUCAUUACGAUGCACACAGGCAAUCUGUUAGAAUCACAGAAAAACACAACAGUUGAAGCUGUACCUAGUGAAGAAGAAUUUUUUUGCAAAUGGGUUCUUUACUAUGAAGUGGGGUUAUCACGUGUCAGAAUAUGGGAUUUGGCAAUUUUCGGCCCCAACUUUAUCUUUUUCCUGUUUAUGCUUAUCCGGUUCAACAGAGCUAGACUGAAAUUAAGAGCUACGUCAAGCCCCAUAUUUGCCACAUUUUUUGGUUUGGUGGUGUUAAAUGUUAUAAUUAGUCUAAUUCGAUGUGUAGUCUCAAUGACAGUAAAUGCCUCCUUAGCAGCUGGAGAUUAUGCAGAUAAAGUGUUGUGGAUAAUAGUGCGUUUUUUUCUCCUUUCAACUGAAAUGAGUGUAGUCAUAUUUGGUCUUGCGUUUGGGCAUCUUGAAAGUAAAACAAGCAUUAGAAGAGUUCUUCUGGCAACUUCAUGCAUUUCUCUAGCUUUCUCAGUCAGUCAAGGAGCUCUAGAAUUUGUCUCUCCUGAUGAAUCAUUCCAUGUUCAUACCAAGGACUAUGAUUUGUUUGGCCAUGGUGGCAUGAUGUUCUGGUUUGUCUCCUCUAUAGUUUUUGCCUCAGUGUAUGCGAUCAUAACUUUGUUACCGUGGUCAAGAUUAAGAGAACGACUUGCGCUGCCAACUAAGAAAAAUUUUUAUUAUUAUGUUGGCAUUCUCUCUGUACUUAAUGGAAUUCAAUGUGUCGGCAGCGGACUGCUCCUAUAUCGCGUGACGGAAUGUGGUCUAUGUAUCGUGGAUGUUACCACACUGCUCUACUACACUUUUUUGACACCCUUCGUCUACUACACGUUCUUGGCAGAUUUUUUCAGUGUCGCCCAACCUGUUCUUCUGUUUUCAUACAAAUCCCAAAUAGACGACUCCGGAGAGGAGGAAAGUGUUUCGCUACCUCACCAACAUUCAUUUUCAUCACUGAAAGCGGAUUCGGACUACAUUUAUCAAGCUAAUGGCUUCUAUGAUAGCACUCAAUUAGAUACGAGUUCUACUCCGAUUCAUCCGUUAUAUGCAGUGUCUCUCCGGAGCCCUGACAGUGUUACAGGUUAUAGCAUCUCUAGUGUAAAUGCUGACCAUUCGGUCGCUUUUCAUCAGUAACCACAAAUCAAAUUAAGACAAGGGAGUAUGUGAAUCUGCUUAAUUGUAUUCUGUCUUGCUAAAACGCUUUUCAUGAUUUUUCGUAAAUAUUGUACCAAAGAAGCAACCAAGAAUUUUCGAAAAUUCGAGAAACGUUCAUAAGCCGCCAUGCUAUACAUCGUUUACAUCAUUCCGUUGGUGGACAAAAAUUCAGUUUUUGCCCUGUUUCCGGGAUUUUAAGAGUUCUCAUUGGGAAAGUCAGAGUAUCUGUUGCUGCAACUGAAGUUGUAAUCAAUUUUACAUUAAUGUUGCAAAUCAACUUUCCUCUAUUAGUAGGUUAUUGCAAACUUUUGUAAGUUGUGAAUUAUUCCUUAAUUUUUCUUAGGUCUAAAUGGGAAAGCGUAAUUUUACCUGACUCGUCAACUGUUUUACACUGCAGUUAGCUAACAUAGGUACAUAAAGGGUUAAAGAUAAUUUUAAAAUCCAUUUGUUUUUCCUGCGCUAACAGCCUGUAAGAAAAUUAAGACCCAAAACCGACAAAAUGGAUAUUACAAGCUUUCGUCAUACUUUUCUUCUUCGCGGUGCGCACGGCGCAUAUCUUUGUAACGUAGCUAAACUAAAAGUUUACCAGUCAAGUAAAAAAAAAAAAAAAAAAAAAAAAAAAAAAAGUCUUCCUAUGUCACUGGGAAUCGACGUGGAACUGUACCACAUGCUAUGUUGCCCACCUUGAAUAUUUUAUGGCCGUUUAAAAUUGUUCUUCUAUCAUUCUAUCCUAAUAUCCACAAUAUUAUUUCCAAUAAUUGUUUGCAAUUUGAAAGAAAGCAAGACGGAUUUUCAACUAUAAUUUAGAUUUAUUAUUAUCCACUUGGCUCUCAAGAAAGAAAAUAACCCAGUGCUAGGAACGAUGUAACUGAAGAAAUGGUUGUCAUGGCGGCUUACGUUUGUUCAAGUGUUUCCAUAAGCGACUUGGUCGUUGUAAUUGAAUUGUUUGUAAAAGAGAACUAGAAUCAAAUCGAGUUUUUAAUUAAUCUGAUGACACAAGCGCUGACGCUUAUGCGAGUACUAGUCAUGGAGGUGGCAUACACUUAUUGUAUUUAUACGGUUUUAUCUACGUCUGUUUCAUUGUCAAUUAUGUAACUCUACGUUAUUUGAUUUUAAUACAGCAUGGAUCAACCCUU